AAACAACCUGGAAUACUAUUGGUCCACGCUCGAUUAUUUCUCCUCAUUUAAAUCUCUGAAGUUCAAUCUUCUGGUGCCGUAUUCACGAAAAGCUAACGAAAUGGAAAUGGCUCGAUUCGUAUUAUUUUUUGUGGCUAUGGCGUGUGCGUGCUUCGGCGCUAAAGCCAAUAAAGACGAGGUUCUUGUUACUAAGAAGGUGUACUUUGACAUCGAGAUUGGAGGCAAUAAAGAAGGAAGAAUCGUGAUUGGGUUAUUUGGAAAAGUGGUUCCCAAGACUGCGGAAAAUUUCUAUGCACUUGCAACCCACGAGAAAGGCUUUGGAUACAAGGGUAGCAUUUUCCACCGUGUCAUUAAAGAUUUUAUGAUUCAAGGUGGUGAUUUCACAAACAGGGAUGGAACUGGAGGUAAAAGCAUCUAUGGGGAUCGUUUCAAAGAUGAGAACUUUAAGCUGAGUCAUUAUGGUCCAGGCUGGCUGAGUAUGGCUAAUGCGGGUAAAGAUACCAAUGGCUCGCAGUUCUUUAUCACAACAGUAAAAACUCCCUGGCUGGAUGGACGGCAUGUGGUGUUUGGGAAAGUGUUGGAAGGCAUGGAUGUUGUCAGAACCAUAGAGAAGACAAAAACAAAUUCCCGUGACCAACCAGCAAAUGAAGUCAAAGUUGCCGACUGUGGUUCACUUGAAGUAAAACAACCAUUUCUAGUUAAAACAGGGGAAUAGCUAUGCAUCAUACUUGUAGCUUGGUAUUUUUGUGUUGUGCAGAUUUUUUGAGUUGUUGUUGCAAUCUUUCAGAAGUCAUGUAAGUGUGCAGACCAUAAUGGAAAUUAACUCUUAAGGUGUUGCAUCCUUAAUCAUCAUGUAAAAUUCUCUGCAGAAAUGUUCUUAUGUAUCAGGUUGUUGUAAAAUUCCACAAUUUUUUUAUGCCUCUAAUGACUGUGGUGGAUUGAUUUACAUCAUGGCUAGCACCUAUUGUUACUAUUUUCAUCAAUAGAAGCCCUCAGAGGGAUUUCUAUUUCUUGGAAACAUGGAAUAAAAUUUGUUCCUGAGCCAA